AUGUUAACGUUUAAUCAGUGUGUUAAGUUUAGGGUUAAAAAAAAAAAAAAUGAGUCUAAGUCCCCAUUGUUGAAUAAAUGUCCUCAAAGAAAGGGUAUUUGUACAUCUGUGUUUAUAGCACAUCCUAAAAAACCUAACUCAGCUAAUAGAAAGGUGGCGACUGUUAGAUUUACUACUGGUUUUUAUGCUACAGCAGCUAUUAAAGGUAUUGGUCAUAACUUACAGGAACAUGGUUAUGUUCUUAUAAGGGGGGGCCGAAUAAAAGACCUGCCUGGAGUUAAUUAUACGCUAGUUAGAGGGAAAUUUGAUCUUGCACCUGUUUUAUCUAGAAAAAGAGGGAGAUCUAAAUAUGGAAGAAGAGUCUUACUAAAUGAAAGAAAAAAACAAAAGUAUGUUUAA